CGUCUGAAAAAAAUGGACAACACGGUGGCAUUAACAGCUGCUGCUGUUGUUUUGUUUCUAAUAAUCAUACUUUUAACAUUUUUGCGGAAACAGUUUACCUCCAAUGCUGAUAAUGAUGAACAACCUGAAGUGCAAGAAGAAAUCGCAGCUGUUGGCGGAAUAAGAAGAGCAGUUGCUGCACGAAAUAGGAUAGGUUUGAGAAAUAGAGGGCAGAGACAACAAGCACAAGAUGAACAAGGGAAUGCAGGAAAUCACGGUGGUACCGGAGAGGAUUCUAAUGAUGAAACAUCAACAUCAUUGCUUGAUUUGGGUGAUAUGAAAGUUGGGAAAAAAAAGCUUGCAAAAUUGGAGGCUAAAGCAGAACGUAAGGCAGCUAGAGAAGCUGAAGAAAAAGAAAGGGAAGAGAGAAAAGCCCUUGAGCUCGAGAAAGAGAAAGAACGAAAAAGAUUAGAAGAACUCGAAGAGUUGGCUGAGAAAGAAAAGGAAGAACAAAUUAAGAGGGAAGCAGAGGAAAAAAUCAGAAGAGAGCAUGAGGAAUAUUUAAAAAUGAAGGCUGCUUUCACAGUGGAAGAGCAAGGUUUUGAUGCUGAAGAAGAGUCUGCAGAAGAGAAUCUUCUUCAAAAGUUUGUUGACUAUGUCAGAGAGACUAAAAUUGUUUUGCUGGAAGAAUUGGCUGCCCAUUUCCAGUUAAAAACCCAAGAGGCCAUUGAUAGGUUGCAAAAACUUGUUCAAGAUGGCUCAUUGACAGGUGUGAUUGACGAUCGCGGCAAAUUCAUUUAUAUCUCCCGUGAAGAAAUGGAGGCUGUCGCAAAAUUCAUUCGUCAAAGAGGAAGAGUUUCUCUAUCAGAUUUAGCAGAAAGCAGCAACCAACUAAUCCAAUUGGGACCACAAAUGCAGCCUACGCACGUGAAUCCCAGUGAUAGUAAACUGAUGCUGUAAUCGAAACUGAAGAAAGUUUUCGCCUAUUGGAUUAUGGUAAUUCAAAAUUUUAUUUUUAUUGUGGAAUCAAUAUACCAACCAUUUGUUGAUAAUAA